AUGAAGCGAACGUUGGACGCCGCGGAGCCGAGCCCGGUGUUCCUCUCCCGGGAAAAACGCCAGCGCCUCGCCCUCGAGCGCCGCCAGGCCGCCGUCGCCGACCAGCGUCGCUCCGAGCUCCCCACUCCGCCGCCUCCCCCUCACGAUUCCUCCUCAUCGUGCCGACACUACCAGGACCGGCACCGUGACCGCCGCGACAGAGUUCAGGACAGGAACGGCAAGGAGAAAGAUCGGGCGGAGAAGGCGCGGGAGAAGGAGCUGGAGGCGAUCAGGGAUCAGUACCUCGGGGGAUCCAAGGACAAGAAGCCCAAGACGGUCGCCAAGCCGCGGGACAGGUUCCGCUUCGACUGGGCGAGCACGGACGACACCAGCCUUGUCGACACAGCCGACGCGCCCUACCAGCCGGCGCACGGGCCCCUGCUGCUCUACGGUCGCGGCUUCCUCGCAGGCAUCGACCGGCGCGAGCAGAAGAAGGCCGCGGCGGCCACGUUGCACAAGGAGUCCGGCGCCGCGGCGACGUACGACGCCCUGGACAUGCGCGUGGACACGCACUGGACGGCCAAGCGCGCCGAGGAGAUGACGGAGCGCGACUGGCGGAUCCUGCGCGAGGACUUCGGCAUCUCCUACAGGGGCUCCCGCGUGCCCCGGCCCAUGCGGAGCUGGGCGGAGAGCGGGCUCGGCGCCGAGCUGCUCCGCAACGUCGACAGGGCCGGGUGCAGAUCCAGAUGGCCCGGCAUAACCCGGGUGAGCGACCUCCGGGACGUCGAUGCUGCGGGCGGCGAGCACGGAGGGAAGUCACAGGACGAGAGGACGGCCAACCUCGACGGGUUCAGGAACGGCGGGUUCAACGUCCUCGUGGCCACCGACCUCGCCGCCCGCGGCAUCGACGUCCCGGAGGUCGCUCACGUGAUCAACUACGAGAUGCCUAGCUCGAUCGAUCUGUACACGCAUCGUAUCGGGAGGACGGGCCGCGCGGGGAAGAAGGGGCUCUCGACAUCGUUUUUGACACUGGUGGACACUGACAUUUUCUUCGAUCUUAAGCAGAUGCUUGUGCAGAGCAAUAGUCCCGUGCCGCCGGAGCUUGCCAGGCAUGAGGCGUCCAAGUUCAAGCCGGGGUCUGUUCCUGGUAGACCUCCGAGAAGAAACAGCACCGUCCAUGCUGACGGAUGA